CGGCGCUCGCGCACGGUGUACACCAGCGAUAACGGCCGCGGUGGUGUGGUCGGCGGCGUCGCGGUGGUGAUCGGCAACGACACCGCGGCCGGGCCCACGUCACCGCUGCUGCAGACGGCCACACCACCGACGCCGCCGCUCCUCGUCGGCCAAACAAACGUAACCGGCGGCGGAGGCGGCGGCGGUGUCGUGGUGGUGGUCGGCGGCGGCGGCGGCGGUGAGGGCCCGUUCGACGGCGGCUACUGGUGGUGGGCCCUGCUGGCCGUGUUCCUGGUGCUGGCCACGGCCGCCGGCAACAUACUCGUGUGUCUGGCCAUCACGUGGGAGCGCCGUCUGCAGAACGUCACCAACUACUUUCUCAUGUCACUGGCCGUCACCGAUCUCAUGGUCGCCGUGCUCGUCAUGCCCGUCGGCAUACUCACGCUCGUCAAAGGAGUGUUUCCGUUCGCCCCGGUGUAUUGUUUGGCAUGGAUAUGUCUGGACGUGUUGUUUUGCACCGCCAGUAUAAUGCACUUGUGCACGAUCAGCGUGGACCGGUACUUGAGCCUGAGGUAUCCGAUGAAAUUUGGCCGGAACAAGACGCGACGAAGGGUGAUACUAAAGAUCGUGUUCGUGUGGUUGUUGUCGAUAGCGAUGAGUUUGCCACUAAGUCUCAUGUACUCAAAAGAUUUCAAUUCGGUACUAGUAAAUGGCUCUUGUCAGAUACCCGAUCCAUUGUACAAACUGAUUGGAUCGAUAGUGAGUUUUUAUAUUCCACUGGGCGUUAUGAUACUUACAUACACGCUGACCGUUCGACACUUGGCUGCGAAGAGGCAAAAUCUACAAACAGGCUUCACGCACAAUUCAAAUCAAAACAACACGGCGAGAAGGAGCUGGCGGCGUAUGCUACGCCGGAACUAUCGGAGGACCCGGUCGGACGAGACGGACGUCCGGUCUGCGACUGGUGAAGAGCUGACCGGCGUGAUGACUUCGUCGGCAGACGGCGGUGGCGGUCGAAAGCAAAAGAGUCGCGGCGACCCGACGGCUAGACCGAACGCCAUGAAAACCGGCGCCGGCAACGGUGCGCCGUCAUCGAGUUCACGAUCCACGGCCGCGGCCGAAGACGACAGCGGGGCCGCCGACAGCGUGGACAAUAGCCCGCGGUCCGGUCACCAUUACCGUCACCACCACCGGCCGGUGACGCCCAGCGCGAGCUGUCGGGGCACGCCGCGGCCGUUCCGGCACAACCCGUCGGUCGGGUCGACCGACACGGAAAUGACGUCGCUGGACGCCCGCGAACUGUGGUUGCCCGACACCGAGCCCACGCCGUCCACCAUGUCGGCACUGCACCAGUUUGGCGCCGAAAUGCUGCGGCUGUCUCGGGGUCUGGAAAAGGUCGCCUCGCCCGAGUCCAAGCCCGCGUCCCCCGACACGUCCAGAUUAUCCGUUAACGGCGGUGGCUUAGACGACGACGAUGACGACGACGGCUUAUGCGACGUCGACGACAUCGAUGACGAAGAAGAAGAUGAAGAAGAAGAAGAAGAAGAAGAAGUAAUAAUAAGGGGAGUUGCUUGCGAUUCGAUGUGCUCGGAAGACGCGUCCACUUGCACCGGGACACCGCGGUGUAGGCGGGUCAAGCGGCAGCGUCGGCGACGGCGGCGACGGUCGGGCACGUUGCACGAGUCGAUGCGCCGGAGAUUCGACGGCCCCAACCAUCACCGACACCUGCAUCAUCAUCACCACCUUCACCCGUACUAUCACCAUCCGCACCACGAUCAUCAGUCACACCACCCACACCAGGGCCGACCCACGCGAGUCCGGAGCUUCCACGAGGACGAACUGACCAGCAACCGGGCGGGACCCGCCUCGGCAGCCUUCACCGGAACGGCCGCGGCGGACAGCGGCCCGAAAAUCGUGGGCACGCUGCUCAAACAGGAAUACCAACGGAAACCCGGACUGGACGAAGAGAUCUGUCUGUUGCCACCGCCGCCACGACGACGGCAACGACGCGGUCGCUCACCGUCCGCGAACAGCUGCGGCGGCGACGACAGCCGCGAGGCGACGGCGGCAGCGGUGACGUCGUCGUCACCGGUGUCGACGGCACAACCGGCACGGGCGACGCCUCCGCCUCAGGGGCACCCGCAACAGCAGCAGACGGCCGCGCGCGUGGACACGUUGACCGUGUGGUCGGCUGCGUCCAACAAGUCCAAAACAACGACGUUGGCCGCGCCCGCGAUCGGCGGCCAACCAUUGCGCCGGGCCAUGACGCAAAAACCAAUACGCAAGCAGACGCCGACCGCGGCCGCGUCGUCGGCCACCGGCAAACGUCAUUCGCCACUCGUCCGGUACGGGUCGACGCUGGGCCUGCCGUCGCGGCAGCAGCAGCCAGUGACGCCGCAGCGGUCGAACAACGCGAACCGGUCGAGCGUGAUGAUCCGCAACUCGUACCGGCACGGCCGCAUCAUCCGGCUGGAGCAGAAGGCCACCAAAGUUUUGGGCGUCGUGUUCUUCACGUUCGUGUUCCUGUGGACGCCGUUCUUCGCGCUCAAUCUGUUGCCGUCCGUGUGCCCUAACUGCGAGGCCGACAUCAGCAAGGGCCUCAUCGACCUGGUCACGUGGCUGGGCUACGCCAGUUCCAUGGUCAACCCGGUGUUCUACACCAUUUUCAACAAGGUGUUCCGGCAGGCGUUCAAGCGGGUGCUCAUGUGCAAGUACCGCGGCCGCAGCAAGCGUCACUCGUGGCCUCCCCCGCCGCCCGCCAGAAAGGUCUGAACGCGCACACACGUCCCAACCCGUCCUGUUACCGCGGUCACCGCGAUGGUCGCCACCGGAAGUCAUAGUAUCUCGUUGUAGUUCAAACGCGGUGAUUCACUAAGAUGAUUGUCAGGUCAAUCACCUGCACCGGUUAAUAUAUUUUUCCCCGACUUGUGACAUCAGUAUUAUCCGUCGACAUCUAUACGCUUUGCUUCUCGACAGCAUACUGUUUAAAAUAUUUAUACAUAGUUAUCAAAAAUCACUCAAAUGUAUAGUGAAUAAUUACGUACAGAGUCAAUUAAACGGUUAAAUAUAAUUAAAUUGUAAAAUUUAAAAGACAUCAAUAAUUCAAUUGGGAGAUAAAAAAAAUAAAACCAAAUAAUAACAUUAUAACAAUUCAGAGACUCCCAGUGCAGUUACCGCCAAUUCCCAAUAGUUGUUGGUAUUGAAAUAGUGAGAAAAAAAAAUUAAGUUAUUCUUCAAUCAUAUCGCGUGCAUUUUAUUUUAUUUUUUAACCUAUUACUGGGUUAUUUUAAUUUGGCUUGUACAAAAUAUGUUCGUUUCCGUAAUGCUACAUCUAAGCUAAAUAAUUACUUUGGAUAAAUUUAAUUAAAGCAUUUUGCAAAAUAUGAAAAUUGUAAAGAACACAUUUAAAACUGUCAAUGAUUUUUAAAACCACAUUGGUCAACAAAAGUAUAGCACGAAUAAAUUGAGCGUUUUAAAAAUAUCACUAACAUUAUUAUACGACUGCUCGUGAAAAGGAACUUCUACCGUUCGAAAAAAACUUUGUGAGCGAUCAAGCGUUUUACUUUCCGUAAUAUUACAUGUUUGUUUAUGCACGUGGUCAAAUAUUUCUCGUGGCAUUUCGACAUAGCAUAAUAUUAUUAUACUUUAGACGAAUACUUUUUGUUGGUUUUGGUAACGUCACUACAUCAGACGUUCUAGUCACGUGAUUUUGCAAACCAGAAUGAUUUUCAUAUGUGAAUAAUAUUAGUGAUAACAUAAUCGAGAAAUUUAACUUCGCUCUAGCAAUUUAAUAGGUAAACAAAAUUAACAAACACGUAAAUACAAUAUUACAAUAUUAUAAUAGAUUGUCGCAUUUUGUGGGAUUUGGUUCGACUUGUCCGCAAUCGCAGUGUGUUGUUAGUAUCUAGUUUUACUAUAUAUGGAUGGAUUUAUCAUUAUAAUAUAAAUUUAAUAUUUUCACCAUUCGUGAUGUGUCCGAAACCGUAACAACAUUUCAUUCAAAUUUAUGUUUUCAUGUAAUUUAAAAUCAUCACAAUUAUAACAUAUUUUAAUGAAACCAACAAUGAACACAAUUUCUAUGCACCUAUUGCACCUGUAUAUAUGACUAUAUACGAUGGCUAGUUACAUCAAAUAGUUAAAUAGUUAAUUUGGUUUUAACUAGUUAAAUUAUCUGUUGAAAUAACUUGAACAUUUUCAUUUGAUUUAAAAAAAAUCCAUCAAGUUAAAAUUAAAUAUGUUUUAUGUAUAAAUCACUCUAUAAAUGGUUUUAGAUUAAAAAAAAAUAAUCUAAUACUAUGCGUGAUAGUAUUGUAUAUGAUUAGUAGUAAUAAUACAAUAAUAACAUAAUUUUGCUGUUAUGCUUAUUAAUAAAAUAACAUAAAAAUACACACAAAAUAUACUUUUUAUGACAUUAUCUACGCAUUAAAGUAAUGAGUAUAUUUUUCUUUUUAAAUUAAAUCGUCAGUUUUGUUUUCUUAACCACAUCGAAUUUGAUAGAUAUAUUAUAAUUUAUUAGCUAUCAACUUCUACUGAUUUUAUGUUCACUUAACGAGUUAAUUAUUUUUUUUUUCUUAACAUUUUUCAUUAGUCUGUUCACCAUUGUCAAUGGUUGAAUGAAUCGUCAUACUGUCUAUCGUCUCCUCCACUGAAAAAAUACUAAUAAUAUUAUUAUAUUGACUGCGAUACGAACAAAACAUUUUCGAUAUCCCGUUCGGACGGUUUUCGGAUUUUUAAAGAUACUUACAAACUAUUUUCGUUUUAAAUUCCUAUGCAUUGCUCCGACGGUUAUAGCUUUCGAAUACAGUGUUGCUGUUGUUGUUGUUGAUGUUCGUUUCGAAAUCCGGACCACGCUGCACGGGCGGGCGUGACGAGGGUACUCGAGGCGUCCGAUAAAACGUAUCAAUCUCUUUUCACACAAUACAGCGGGCCGAUGUUUGUUUGGAGUGAAUAAACCGUUUUAGAAUAUUCGGGUAUUCUUUCGGUGGCGUAAUAAUAAUGUAGUCCGUGUAAAAAAAAAAAAAAACAUUUCAUUCCGUAAUAAUAUAUUGCAGUUCUCGCGCGUAUAGAGUAAUUAAUUGCGUUUAAAAUGAUUUAUUGCCAAGAAAAUGUUUAUCCGACACCUGCGAGGAAGUGGAUUUAUAAAUCCCGAUAAUAAUGUUAUGACGGGCAUCCAGACAUCGCGGUGCAAUAACGGCGGUAAUCGUUCCGUACGAUUUCUAACAGUUUCUUAUAAUAAUAAUAUUGUGGCAUUAUUUGAGGAUUAUUAUUAUUUUCCCUCCCAUAUUUCUACCACGGUUAUUGCGACAGUGCAUUAACGGUGUCAUGAACGUUUUCACGCCGGUUGUCUGAUUUUUUCUCGACUCUGUACGUCAUGAAUAAUGCAUGUUAAUGCACUUUUCGAUGAGUGACGUCAGACCGUGUUAUUAGUCCAAUCGUGCGGAUUACGUACGGUUUUAUGCACUGUUAGUUCCUAUGGUUAUAAUAAUAUUAUUUAUUAAAAUAUUUCAUAUAAAAUACAGUGUAGAAAAACAGUGGUUAGAAAUAUUAACAGUCUUAAAUUUCCACUAUAGCCGUAUAGUUAAGAUUGAAAUAUCAAUAUAUUUCAUACAGAAUUUUCGUAUGAAAUCUGAUCGAAAAUUAAACAUAUUAUAAGUCAAGUAUUAGAGCUCACGUUUGGUAUAAGAUCCUACGGUACUCUCUUCGACAACUUACGAAAAUACACCUAUUUUUACAAUUCUUUUAUAACCACGUUUAAUUCGACAUUAGUACAAUAUCUCUAGUAAUUUAAUGCGUUUAUGAAAAACGUUUGAAUAUUUACCUGUAAAAUAGUUUACCAUUCUCUAUACUACAAUUCUAAUACAUCGUUCAGUUGUAUAGGUUCAACAUUAAAUGAAUAAAUGUUAAUUACUUAAAUUCAUUAAUUUAUUACCAUUAACCUGCCAUAAAUAUAAACAAUGUGAUAACACAAAAAUGUAGAUAGUAAUAAAAAUUAAAGCAACCGCUAUAUUGAAAAAAGUAUUAAAUAAGACAAGAACUUUCAUGCAAAUUAUUAAACAAUAUAAUAUUGACUUACAAAUUUACAACUUUAUACUAUAUACAAUAUAAACAAGAGAUUUCAAUAGAGCAUAGAUAAAACAACCUACUAAAAAUAUUAAAAAUCUUCAUUUUAAUAAUCAGUAUUAUUAUUAUUACUGUUACUUUUGAAACGUAUUAAAAAUUUUAAAAAUAUAACAUUCCACAACACUAUAAUUAGACAACUUACGAUGUAUUUUAUAUGAAACAUCAUUGAGCCGAUUGACCAUGACAUUAUGUUGUUGACAUAGGUAAAAUAUGAUAUGGGUAUAAGUUGGCAAACACGAAGCAAUGAAAAUAUGUAUAAAUAUAAUAUCCUAUAAUAUUAUAUAUAUAUAUUAAAAUGUACACAUGUGCAAUGUGAUUUUUUGCUUCCUAGACAAUGUGAAGUCUUAUCGUCUGUUAGAGUAAAAUGCGUCCCUGUCCCGUAUAGGUUGCGGCACGUAACUUCCGCGUGAAAAUUACAAUAAUAUUUUCCAUUUCCGGUCUGUCGUCGUCAGAUCAUCACAAUAUUGUCGAAAAGGCAUUCUCAUACAAUAUACUCCAUACCUAUAUGAUACAGUAAGAUGAUUAUAAUAUUCAUAAAUAAUGUACAAGAUAAAUAUAAAAAGCAUAAAUUGUUUUUUAUUUUUAUUAAUAUAUAUAUGAUAUGGUGUUAUUAUAAAUAUUCGUUUGAAAACGAAUAACAUUUUGUUUUUGUACAUUGUACAAAAUAAUUUUAGCAUAUAGAAAAUUCAUUGUAAACACUGUGUUAUUUUUUUUCUUUAACGAUUAUUUGAGAAAAAAAAUAUUUAGUAUAAUUAUAUAUUAAUAUAUUAUGUGGUGUUUACAAAAAUAAAUACAACUUGUGCAAGAAAAAACGCAUAAUAUUAUUUUGUACGGUUUAAAAAGCCGCGUUCGUUACUUUUGUAUAUUUUCACAAGUGUAAUACUAUUAAGUCUGACGCCACGGUGUGUACUCAAAGGAGUCUUAUAUGUUUAAUAGAAUAAGUAAUAUUCAUAUACUACACAACAAUUUAUGUAUAUUUAUACCCGUUUGGACCAAUUAUAAUAAAAACCCUAUUUAGAUCAAUAAAUUGUUAAGACAGGUUUAGAGCAAAAAAUAAUUAAAUAUUUUAAAAUAAGCUAACACAUACUAAUCUUACAUUACCAUGUCAAAAAUAAAACAUUUUUUGAAAACAUUUAAAUUUUCCGUUAUCUCUUUCACUCCGCGGGAUAAACCCAAAAUACCCUUCUAUGUACCUAUGUACAAAAAGGGACAUUUUACUCGAAAUAUAAAAUCAAACUUUGCGUGAACUAAAAAAUUAUAGAUUAUAAUUUAUAAGAGCGUGGAGUUAGUUAAUAUAAAAAUGAUUACAUAAACAAAAAAAAAAAAAAGUUAUUUCAUACUAGGAUUAUUAAAUGAAAAAAAAAUGUAUAAAUAUGUACGGAUAAAUAAAAUACAUAUUUCCCUAAAUUGUCACGAAUAACUUUAUUUUUUAAUUUCAAUAUGUUUACGAGUUUUUUUUUCUUAUUCAAAUAUAAUAAUAUAAUAUUCAAUUAUAUCAAUAUAACCGACAUUUUGGUAGAACACGAAUUCUUCGUGAUGACACAAAAAAGCCACUAGAAUAAUAUUAACGUUCCAGAUAAUGGUGCAUGACGUACACUAACUUAAAUAAAAUAUUUUAAUUGAGUUGUGCAGAUUAGUAUAACGUGCAUGCACUAUUCAAUUAUAUAAUCGUGCGCAUUGUAUUUUUAUUAUUCAUUUUCAAUUAUCAUGGUUUAACUUAAACAAUAAUAUUAUUGCAGGUAUUUGGGGAAAGACAAUUGUAUUUAAGGUAAACAUAUAGCCACAGAUUAUAUUUACUUAUUAAUUUGUAGUAAAACACAUUAACACAAUAGGUAUUUGAGUUAAAUGGGUGGUGUUUCUUUAUGAAAUUAAAAAGAUAUAGCCAUUAAAAAAAAAACAAUAUAAAAUUAACGAAUAAUCAAAUUUUAUAAAUGAACGAUCGUAUAAUACCAAGCAAUAUUCUUGUAUAAAUAAUUGGUCCAAACAGGUUGCAAAUUUCAAUAUGAAUAUAAAAAUGUUAUAAUUAUUUAUGUGUAUGUUUAUCGAUAUAAUUAUAUUUAUUUAUGUUUGUGUAAAUAUCGUUUUUUUGUCAAAAAUAUUUAUUUAACGGGAUCGAUUCAAUUAUUACCCUUGACGUAUAUUUACAAUAAUAAUAUUAUUAUAAUUUAAUGUAUGACGUGAUGUGUACUCACUGCAGUGUAUGCGGUGAACGAUUUACGAAGCGUAAUAAUUCUAAAGGUAUAUUGAAAUAAAACAUUAAAAAGAGACACAUCCAAAGCUUACGACGUCAUGUUUAACGUCGUGAAAAUUUGUCUUUAUGUGUGUUUCUGAAGAAAAAUAUAAUGAUAAUACUUUAAUCGUCACCGAACGAUGAAAUAUUAUAUAAAAUAUACAUUUCAUAUUUAUAUAGUUGAUUUAAGCGAAUCGUAUUCGCAAAACAAUAUAUUAUUAUUAUUACUGAUACAUAUAAAUAUUAUAAUAUAAACGUUUAUUUUUCCUUUUUACGCUUUCGAAUCGAUGGUACAUAAAUUUAUAUAUUAAUAUUUAUAUUAUUGUUGCCGCUCCUUCAAACGAAACGUAUCUAUUUAGAUUAGUUUACGAAACAUGUUUUGUCAAUAAUUAUUUACGUAUAAGAUGUGAUGAAUUAAUUUACAAUAAAAUAAACGUCAGAAUAAUA